GACUGCCUGCAGAUUGCGAGGCCACAUCCCGUGUAACGCUUGGCGACUCUCCAUCUCGGGACGUGGCUGACACUGCAACUCCAAGGCCACCUCUCCAUUACCUACGACACACAAAGGCCAUCGUUUUGAAAAGAGGAUUUUUUUUGGGUCCGGCAGUUGAAUGUGUAAUCCACUGCGGGACUCGGAGAGUUUGGAAAGUUGGAAGUUUUGAAACAGUGGGUUGACCUCCUUUUGCACCGGGCUUGUGCACUCGCCACAGGUCCUUGGCUCAAUUCGAGUUGCAACCGACCUACUUGCGACUCUGCGACGCCUUCGUCGCAACCCGCCUUCCACCCUACCGCGCCACCGUCGUCUUGACAGGAACAAAAGACGCUACAACAACCGGCUUUCAAAUCGCCCCUAUAUGUACGCUCAUUCGAUCCGUAACCGACUCUUCUCAUACCCGCGCCGGGUUCAACGCCAGGCCCUCGCCCUCGACCUCCCAACACGAUGAAGAUCUGGUCAGGUGCGACGCUGCUGGGUCUUGCCGCCCUCGCGACAGCUACACACGUUCUCCCGCGGAACUGGGAAUCAAACGACUACUAUGUGCUCCAUCUCGAUGCAAACACAUCGCCUCACGAGGUAGCCAGGAGCUUGGGGCUCUCGCACGAGGGCCCCCUCGGUGAACUCCAGGACCAUCACAUCUUCGCUACGAAACGAGCCGAUCACGAUUUCGUCAAGCGAGAACUGGCCCAAAGACGAAAGAGGCGGUCGGUAGGCGAGAGACACGUCCUCGAUGGCGUUCUCUUCUCCGAGAAACAGGGGCUUCGACAACCGUGGGAAAAGCGCAUCAUUCCCGAACAACCAGGACCUCUGCCCCGUCCCUCGAGGGCUGUCGAUGAACCGGUGGAAUCGGCCGUCCGCAAACAGACCGAUCUAACUCGGAAACUGGAAAUCAACGACCCCAUCUUCCAUAAACAAUGGCAUCUCUUCAAUACCGUCCAAGUCGGUCACGACGUCAAUGUCGCCGACCUGUGGCUCGAGGGCGUUACGGGGAGCAAUACCACGGUUGCCAUCGUCGACGACGGCCUAGACAUGUACAGCGAUGACCUGAAAGACAACUAUUACGCGUUGGGCUCCUACGACUUCAACGAUAAAACAGAGGAGCCGAAGCCCCGCCUGUCAGACGACAGGCACGGAACCCGGUGCGCCGGUGAAGUGUCGGCCGGCAGGAAUAACGCCUGCGGCCUGGGCGUGGCAUAUGACUCCAAGAUUGCCGGCCUCCGAAUCCUGUCCAAGUUGAUCUCAGAUGCGGACGAAGCCGUAGCCAUGAACUACGACUUUCAGCAUAACCAGAUCUAUUCUUGUUCAUGGGGGCCGCCAGACGAUGGAAAGAGCAUGGAUGCGCCCGGAAUUCUCAUCCGCCGCGCCAUGUUGAACGCCGUGCAGAACGGCCGCCAGGGUCUGGGCUCCAUCUACGUCUUUGCCAGCGGCAACGGGGCGCAGAAUGAAGACAACUGCAACUUCGACGGCUAUACCAACAGCAUUUACAGCAUUACGGUCGGCGCCAUCGACAGGAAAGGCCAGCACCCGAGCUACUCUGAGAAGUGCUCCGCCGGGCUAGUCGUGACCUACUCCAGCGGCGGCGGCGACGCCAUCCACACCACGGAUGUCGGUCAGAAUACCUGCUCGAACGGCCACGGCGGCACUUCUGCGGCCGCCCCGCUCGCAGCUGGUAUUUUUGCCCUCGCUCUUCAGGUGCGCCCGGACCUGUCCUGGAGAGACAUGCAGUACCUCGCCAUGGACACCGCGGUGCCCGUCAACCUAGACACGGGCGACUACCAGGACACCACAAUCGGCAAGAAGUUCAGUCAUACCUUUGGAUACGGCAAGCUGGACAGCGCUGCCAUUGUGAAGGCCGCCAAGACUUGGAAGAAGGUGAAGCCACAGGCUUGGUUCUAUACUCCCUGGAUCCACGUCAACAAAUCGAUCCCCCAAGGUGACAAGGGCGUUUCUGUCGAUUUUGAGGUGACCGAGGACAUGCUCAAAGAUGCCAACUUUGCGCGUGUUGAACACAUCACCGUCACCAUGAAUGUCGAGCACGGACGGCGCGGUGAUAUCAGCGUCGACCUCAUCAGCCCCAACAAGAUCGUCAGCCACCUGUCGGUGACGCGCAAGUUCGACGAAUCCACCGAGGGCUACGAUGACUGGACGUUCAUGAGCGUGGCUCACUGGGGCGAAUCCGGCACCGGCACCUGGACCAUUGUUGUCAGGGACACCGAAGACAACACGCACAGCGGAAAGUUCAUCGACUGGCACCUCAAGCUCUGGGGCGAGACCCGCGACGCCUCCAAAGCCAAGGUCCUCCCGAUGCCAACCGAAGAAGACGACGACGACCACGCCAAAAUCCCCACCAGCACCGUCGGCGCCAAGCCGACCCCGUCGACCACCGACCAGGCCAACCGGCCCGUCAACCCAAAACCAACGGGCACCGCAACGGGCGAGGCCGUGGCCCCGCCCGAGCCGUCCUCGUCCUCCGCCAACAAGACGUCCACCUGGCUGCCCUCCUUCCUGCCCACCUUCGGCGUCUCCGCCGCCACCCAGGCCUGGAUCUACGGCUCGCUCGUCCUCAUCGUCGUCUUCUGCGCCGGCCUCGCCGUCUACUUCUACCUCGCCCGCCGCCGCCGCCUGCGCAACAACCCGCGCAACGACUACGAGUUCGAGCUGCUCGACGACGACGAGGCCGACGCCCUCGCCGGCGGUGAUCGUGGUGAGAAGGGCGUCGCUGGUGGCGGUGGUGGUGGUGCUGGUGGCGGUGGUGGUAUGGGUGUGGGUGCUCGUGGUAUGGGUGGACGGCGUGGGGGCCGGACACGCGGUGGGGAGCUGUAUGAUGCGUUUGCGGGGGAGAGUGACGAGGAGGAUGGGGAUGAUGAUAGUGAUGAUUUUGGGGGUCGUGCCGGGGGUGUGGGGGGCCAGUACCGUGAUCGGAGCGGGUCGGGGUCGGAGGGGAGUGUGUCGCCGAUUCGCAUGAGCGAGAAAUUGCCUGGGCGGCGGGAUAGUGAGGAGUCGGCGGAGCAUCAUGUUAUUGGGGAUAGUGACGAUGAGGGGGAUAGUGAUGAGGAGGAUGGGGAUGAUGACCAGAGGCCGUUGCAUGCUGGGGGUCGGUAGUUUUUGUUUUUUCCGUCGUUGGGUGUCGCGCGUCGUUAAGGCGUUUUUUGUUGUCUGGUUGGGCAUAUCGUUUGGCACCUAGGUAGUAAGUAUAGCGGAUAGAUGUGUAUAAACGUGUGCGUGCGUGCAUGCUUGUGGGAUACGG